GCGCCUUACUUAAGCCCGCCUGCUCGCCCGCGCGCGCCCCCGGCGGUGGCUGAGGGAGGAGGGUGGAUGAUGGCGGCCUCCUCGUUGUGGAAAGGGCUGGUUGGGGUCGGACUUUUCGCCCUGGCGCACGCGGCCUUCUCCGCAGCACAGCAUCGUUCUUAUAUGAGGUUAACAGAGAAAGAAGAUGAAACCUUGCCGGUGGAUAUAGUUCUUCAAACACUGUUGGCCUUUGCAGUUACCUGUUAUGGCAUAGUACAUAUUGCAGGAGAAUUUAAAGACAUGGAUGCCACUUCAGAGCUAAAAAAUAAGACGUUUGACACAUUAAGGAACCAUCCAUCCUUUUAUGUAUUUAAUCACCGGGGCAGAGUAUUAUUCCAGUCCCCAGAUACUGUCCAUUCUUCCUCCAAUCAGGAUGCUUUGUCGUCCAGCGCAUCACUGAAGUUGCGAAAACUUGAACCUCUCCGCCGUUAAAAAGAUUUUUACAGAUGAUUCUAAAAAUAGAACAGGACACUGAGCUAUAAUAUUGAAGUUGAGGAUGUAAAACACUUUUUUAAUUUCUGGAGCAGUAUUUAUAUUGAUCUUCCAGACUUUAUAAAAUAUAUAUAUUAUAAAUAUAUAAAUAUUAAAUAGGACCUUCUCUCAACACUGUUAAUGACAAUGACUGAAUUGUAAAUUGGCAGAACAGUGUAAGCAGUUGCUAGAAUUAUGCUGUGAAAACAUAACUUUUAUCUUUCAUCCAUUAAACACUAUUGCAAUUAAAUUCACCUAAAACAAAUUCUGUUACCAAAAGACAGAUGAUGGUUUUUAUGCAACAGAAAAGCACAGAAGGGUGGUGGGUGGCUUGUACAGUUGUUAUGUUGAAUGCUGAGGAAAGGGAUGUUCUGUGUUUAGGCUCUUCUCCCUGCCUCUUCCCAGGAGUCAAUGAACUUGUUACUUUCAUGUCUUUGGCACUUUGGGUUGUAAUGCUCACAGCUUGAUAUGAUGCACUUGGAAGGGAAGACCAGUUCAAAGUGUCUACCUCAAGUGUAGUCAUAUGGCUGUGGUAGGUUUUCUCAACCUGAAUUGUUGCUAGUGAUAUAUAAGCUUCUUUUGUCUAUUGGUCAGUACCCUACAGCAAUCCUGAAAGGCUCACAGCUUUUGAAGGAAGGAAGAAAAUUGCAACUCUAGGGAGAAGUGUUGAAUCAUACCACUUUGAUCCCAUUUACCUGUUGUAUCAAGCCCCCACCUACUUUUGAUUAUUGCGUAUGUUGUAUGCAGUGGGGACUGGAGCCAAACUUGAGGCUGAAUUACACCUGAGUCCACCCUUGCUGUGAAAUGUAGGAGGGCAGUAGCUUAAGGACUGUAUGUUCAUGUGAGGGAGUGAUUGCUGAAUGAAUAUUUUAGAACAUGCGUGGCACAUUCAAAGGAAUAGGUGGUUAUGUUGAUGUUUCCCAAACUUGUGCUGUUAAGCAGUGUAUUUUGAUUUCAGGCUUCUUCAUUUACUUACACACACCACUUGUUGGAAAGGUAGAAAGAAGUUUGAUUCAUAAUGUGAGAGAGGCAUUGUGUUCCUCAUUGAACAUGUUCAACUUGUUUUUCCACUGUGCUUUAUUGUUUUUUUACUUGCAGUGUUUCAGGUCUAGAAGAUAUAUAUUUUUCCUGAGUCAUCUGCCUUUGAGCAGUGUGGAAUGUUCAGAAGGUGGCAAUAGAUUCCCCUCAACUUGCUAUGCAGUUGGAUACCCACAGAAUGUAACUGAUUUGCAUUGCUGACAGCCAUGCAAGAAAGUAGAUCUGACCUGCCGUUGAAAGCCCAGUCACGUUUUCCGUUUGAUUACCUCUGUAGUAAAAAAUAUCUGCAUUAUCACUUGAGAAGUGUAGUAUCAGUACAUAGGUUGAGCAUUUCUGCACAUGAACUGCCUGGCUGAUGUACUCUUGGCAAAGUGAACAUAUAUGCUCUACUUAAAAGUCAAUGUGCAUAGAUAUUCUACAUGGAAAUAAUUCUAAUGCAGGAGAAAGUGUGGACAAGACUGCUGUACACUGAGCACCAUUUGUGGUUGAGAAAGCUUAUGUGGGUUUUUUACCUUGACUGCUGUUUCAGUUUCUGGUUUUAAAAAACUAGCUUUGAUGUCAAUCUCAGUGGUCAUCUAAGAUGCUCAGGUCUUGUUUUUCCAGAUGACACCCUGGUGGCAAACUAAGAAUGUCUCUCCCAGUACAUUGGAAAAGGCCCACCAGCUCCAUUAAGCUUACCAUCCAGUACCCAAAAUCUAAUUCAUAUUGGUUAACAGCUUCUGAUUUUAUUUUUUGUAGCCAGAGCUGUGAAGCUUGUAGCUUACUGAUUUCAUCUUGGUAGCGUCUUCAAAACACUUAAUGGUCAUCACUGUCUGUUCUCUAAAUACAUGGUUGUUGUUUAAACUGGAUAGUUUUGAUUUCCUUACCCGUCAGUAACUGCUUUCCAACUUCCAUUCUAUAAGAUCCAGUUGGACAGCCUGCAUGAAGGAUUGGUGCAAGAGCCCCUUGUAGUUCAAUUCUCUAUAGAUCUGAACAGCAUCAUUGCAGUGGGAGAAAUGUCUUAAUCCGCCUUCAUAGCAGUCAGGAUCGUUCCUUGAAAUAAAUCCCCACUUUGUCCAGUGGAAUGUACUUCCUAGAGGUUCUGCAACCACAGGCUCUUUUAUGCAAAAGCCUUGGUGGGGUCUUUUUUGAGGCAAAUCACAGAAGAGUGUGACAUGAACAGACUAUGAUUUAUGAAUGUGUGAUGGUGAUGAAAGGGGAAAUAAAUGGCCAGCUGGUUGUUGGGAGGAAAUAUAAGAGUUCUAAAAUGCCAAGUAACUUUUUCCUAAUGUUGAAUUUAUCUUUAUUAGCUCUUUGUAGAAGUCUUAUUAACCAUUUUAUCUAAUAACCUGAUGGGAACCUGUUCAGGCUGCAGAAAAAAACUGUAUCAGUGUUCCUGUUGCAGCAGGUAUUAGUAUAAGAUUGGGAAUCUUGCUUAGAGCCUAAAGGCUUUUUUUCCCUUUCAGACCAUCUGUUUACAAAGUUUGUAGACCCUUCAAGCACCUUCUUGGCUGUUCAAAGUCACAAGGAGUAGCCACUUUACUCUUCAGCAUUGAUGGUUAUGUCACAAAAAUGUGGAAGCUUUGUUUUUCCUUUUUGAUCUUGCAAUGUCCAAUAAAAAAAUCUAAUAUCAUUACCAAA